AUGCUCGCAGGCUCGUUCGGCUCCGGUCCCAGGGCACCCUCGACCGAAGCCUUCGCCUGGCCAAAGAAGAUUGCUCCGCAUCACUUGUACCCCAUCCACCUUGCAAUGGAGUCCGUGGCCAGCAUCCUCGCGCGGGUGGGCGUCGAUGAGGUGUCGCCGAUGCCGAACGCAUCGCAAAUUGCCGUCGCCACUUGGUCGCAACGGCCGAACGCAACGACACCCCAUUCAGAUCCUCCAAAGGCGAAAGCUGCUCCCACGAAGGUCUACAAACGAACCACCAUGGAGGAGCUUCACAAGCUGUACAAUGGCGCCUACUGCGCCAGGUAUGGCUACGCGUGCAUUGUCGACAAGACCCGCCGCCUGCCUCAUCUGAAGCCUCAUUUUGAGAAGCUUGCCAUGGUGAGCGCGCUCUUCGAACAAGGCUUCCGAGCGGUGCUCCUACUGGACGAUGAUGCAUUCAUCCUGAGGCCAGAAGUGUCCAUUGAGCAUUGGCUCACAGUCUACCAAGGCGACUCACUCAUCGCGGCGUCGCACGGCUGGACGACCUUCAUGCCGGCGCCCGAUGCGGGCAGACAUGCAUCAGGCGCCAUGCCGAGUGUCUACGAGCGCUCGACCUGGGACGUGCCGCACCACACCAACCCAGAAGGCUUUAUCCCAACGCCGUACUCCCCGAAUACUGGCGUUCUACUCUUCGUUGACACGACGUACACGCGCACGCUUUUGGGCAUGCUCCUCGAGAAUAACGCGUCGCGCCUCGCGUCGUACAACGACAGCAGCUGCUGCUUUGACCAAGAUGCCAUCCUCGCUGCCACAGCGAAGUCAUGGCAGACUCAUGUAGGGGUGGUGCCCGGGCGCCAGUGGCAAUGCCACCCGCGCGAUCUCAGCACGCCGGGCUUGUGCAUCCGCCCGUUUGUCCUGCACAUUUCCGGCAAGUUGGACAAGCAAGGCGUCGAGCACAACCUCGAGCUCAUGAGCAAGCUGCGGACUCGGUCGUGGCGAGAUGAUGAGCCGCGGGCAGCAGCAGCUUACCGGCCCGCGAUGCUCUUCUCGCCGUCGGCCAAGGCAGACCGCAUCGUCAUCCUCCCCCGCCUCUGCUCGGCCGGCGUCCUGCACGCAAGCGGCCAGGUCUGCUGCAACGCUACUUGCGGGCUGUGCGGCGGGCUCGGCUGCUCCAGCCGCCCCGGCGGGCCACACCAGUGCUGCAUGCCAGCCAUCCUGCGCAAAAGCCGGAGCUGUCAGUCUACAGCGGAUGUUGCGUGCAUCCUGCAUCGAGGGGCCGCCGCCAACGCAACUACAGCCGAGCGUGCGCCGCCUGAGCUGACGCGAUCGCGCCUCAUGACCCGGCGAUCGCGCCUCAUGACCCGGCCCGCGAUGCUCUUCUCGCCGUCGGCCGAGGCAGACCGCAUCGUCAUCCUCCCCCGCCUCUGCUCGGCCGGCGUCCUGCACGCAAGCGGCCAGGUCUGCUGCAACGCUACUUGCGGGCUGUGCGGCGGGCUCGGCUGCUCCAGCCGCCCCGGCGGGCCACACCAGUGCUGCAUGCCGGCCAUCCUGCGCAAAAGCCGGAGCUGUCAGUCUACAGCGGAUGUUGCGUGCAUCCUGCAUCGAGGGGCCGCCGCCAACGCAACUACAGCCGAUCGUGCGCCGCCUGAGCUGACGCGAUCGCGCCUCAUGACCCGGCGAUCGCGCCUCAUGACCCGGCCCCUUGCGACCGACGUCGCCAUAGUGAGCUUCAUGGCGGGAACCCGGUACCACGGCGCCAUCACCUGCCUCGCUAGACGCCUUGAAGCCGUCGGAUCCCGCUUGCCCUUCGUGGUGGUGCACGACACCACCGAGGCGCCCUUCUGCAAUCGGUGUAAGUUUGUGCACGCCUCCGUGCUUUACGCACGAAUUGGAUACAGCGAGGGAACAAACGCAACCGUCCACUACGGCAGACGUCUAUUCACGCGUGAGGAACACAAUCACUUGUACUUGAAACUGUGGGCUUGGACCCUCGUCGAGUACAGACAAGUGCUGUCGCUCGACGCCGACAUAUUGUUGCUGAAGAACAUCGACUGGUGGACAAACUUCAGGCCAGCAAAAGCAAUCGCCACGUUCCCCGCCUGUAAUACCGAACUCUUCAACAGCGGCACAAUUCUACUUCGGCCGUCACUCGCGCGCGCACAGCAGCUGAUGCGUACAAGGGCGGGGCGAAAAGCCUGCGAGGUGAAGAUUGGCGACCAGUCGGUUUUAAAUGCGGUGUUUGCGCACAAUUGGCAGAUACUGCCGUCCGACGAUCGUGUACCUUAUGUGCAUUGGGCUGAGGAGUCCCAAACGGCACUGAGUCGCUACCGCAAUGCGUCUCUCAUCCACUUUGUCGGCGAGCCCAAGCCUUGGAGAGAGUUUGAUGCAUGUUUCACAAGUGUGUAG